AUGAAGCUUUUACAUAUACUCAGUGGGCUAGCAUUAGCACAAUAUGCUUUCGGACAAUUUUUUCCAUUGGACAGAAAGGGGGAAAUCCCUUUAGAGAUUAAACCAUAUGAACAAGGCCAAGAAGUAUUCAUAGAUUGUAUUUCAAGAAACAUUGAAAACGGUGAACAUAACUUCGAUGAUAAAGAAAAAAUCAUAUACGUACCAUUUCCAAAUUGUCAGGAAACAGGUAAGCCAUUUUCCCUUAAAUACGGAGUUAAUGAGGAUGUGAACUGUACUAUUGGAUUUACUGAUGAAUUAUUCCACUUGUUUCAAUUGUACAUCCAUGAAGAUGCGCCAUUUAGUUGCCGUAUUCCAUUGAGCAGUGAACCAUACUAUCUCGAAAAGGGUGGAGCCUAUGUUCCUUUGACAUUUAACUUCAGAGGUGAAAUUCACGAUUCACAUUUGGAUGUCGACAGCUCCAUGAACCUUAUGGUAACCAAACCAUCGAACAACAUUCCUGAACAAAACACAGUCAUAAGUGCCGUUGCUUGGUCAGCAAGCACUAAUACUACGAGAGUGGUGAUUGGAAACUAUUUAACACUUAACUUUGCCGUCAGGUGGUUAGAUGGGUUGAAGAACUAUGGAUCACAAGCCGAACAAUUUGCUAAUAACGGCUUGCCAUUCUCAGACGGUUUCUACAGAUUCCCACUUAAAUUUAUUGCCAUGUCCUACUCGUUGUUUUUAACUUACAUGGGUCUUGCCUGUACCCUUACAAGUGCAAUUGUAUUAGCAUUCAGUUAUCGUUUGUUGACUACUAAAAUUUCUAAAAAUAUGUAUAGAAGUUUAGAUACAGAAGCUGGCUUUGCUAAACAAGAUUGA